AUGCGGCAACUCGUUUACUUUGUUGCUUUGAUUUCCCUUUUGUAUGCGAAUGUUCAAGUUUUGCAUAAAGCUCGCAUCACCGAUCUCCAAGAGCCAGCAAAAGUUCAUCCAGCUGUAAGGGCUUUCACAACAGGCACAAAGUUCAUCUUUGCUGUCACGAAUUCUCAUUUGAAUGAUGGGGACAACACGUACACGGAGAACAUCACACUGAUUAUUACAAAUUACGAUUCGACAAAGCCAGCCACUGUCACCGUGAGCACCCCAUCCGCCCUCUUCUCCACUGCCACUUUCACCGUUCCUCCACUCCAAAAUUCUCUCUUCAAUCUUCCACCAGAGAUCCAGACAAACUAUCGAGAUCAACACGUUGGUUACUUUCAAACUACGAAUCGGAGUAUCACGGUUGUUGCUGACACAACGGUGACUGUCGUCGUUCGAAAUGCGCACUCAGAUGGUGUCUCUGAGGAUAUGUAUACAGUCUAUCCGGUGUGCUCUCUUGGCACCAGUUAUCGUUCAGUUGGUGAUGAUGCAGCGAGAAAUAACAUGAGAUCGACGAAUAUCUGGUCAGUGGUCGCUACACAAGAUGGGACACAAGUGACCACCUUCCCUCCACUCACAAAUCCCGCAACAGUCACCAUCAACGCCGGUCAAGUGCUGACUAUUGCUGUCAAUGUUAUCCCGUUAACAAACUAUCAGAUUACCACUAAUUUCCCUGUCGCCGUGAUCUCGGGCGCUGUUUGUGGUUUUGGCUAUUGGAAUCCACUGAUUUGCAACUACGAGGCAAUUAUGCUGUUCCCAAUUCAAGACUCGGGUCUACUCUUCCCAUACACUCAAUUUAUUUCCGAGGAUCGCGGUGAGGUCAUGCUUUUUUCACAGUCACAAAACACAACGGUUUAUGUCAAUGGAGUUGCUCAAGGCACGCUUGCUGGAGCUCAAGCCUAUUACAUUUUCUCGAUUCUUGGUUCGGCCAUGAUCACAACGAGCAAUCCUUCGUAUGCUGUGGCGGUGUCAUCUAUUCGAACUGAUGGUCAAGGCUCUCCUUUCCUCGUUCACAUUCCCUCCGUUUCACAAUUCACAAAUCAAACCUACAUCCAGGUGACAACUGGUUUAACAGGUAGAUCCCCAGCUUCUCACUAUAUUCGUUUACAAACCGAUCUCCCUUCAACUGGAAAGUUGACUGUUGACAAUUGGGUGGUGAGCCCACUUUUCUACCAAAGACAAGGCAAAUCAACCUAUUACGUGGCCGAUUUCCCCGUUCAACCCGGCACUCACGUCAUUCAGUCGACUGAUCCAAACGUGAAAUACGCGGCAACGGUUUAUGGACAUGCCGCAUUCACCGCUUAUGGAUACACGCCUGGAAUCGAUAUCCCAACCACUGGAACAUGC